UUGGGGCUCAAUGAUCACUGGGGACACCCUGGGGACGCUCCGGUGGCGAAGGAACCCCGGGACGGGCGCUGUCCCCUGUCCGGAACCGGGCCUCAGAACCGGCGCCGGGAAAAUGGCGGAGCCGCCUCAGGAGGCCGGGAAGGGGCGGGGCGAGGUGACGUCACUGACCGCCCUUUCCAGUAUCGCUCCUAUCCGUGGGAAGCUCCAGGAUUUGGGUGCUUUGGCUCAAUCCCAGGGGGUUUAGGCUCAGUCCCAGUGGAUUUAGGCUCCAUCCAACCAUUUCCAGGCAGAUAUGUUCCGUCGUUCCCGGCUGGAUUUAGGAGGGAACGCGCAGCGCGCUCAGGAGCCCACAGAAUUGCCCUCAACAAACAUGGCCGCGCUGCUUCUCUCGCGAGACUUCUGGCGAGAAGCGGCAAACGCAGCGCGGGCCAAUCAGAAGCCGCGCCUCGCACAAGUACUGGCGGAAGUCCCCCCGCGGCGGCGUCGGCUGCUUCCGGCGGAAGCGCGGAGUUCGGGCUCUGUCCGUGGUUUCGUUUUGUGUACACUCCUGCGGAACUCUCAGAACUAUUUCGUGUGGGAAUGCACAAAAUCAGAGGGUUUUGGGGAAGCUGCAAAAGGCCUCAGAGACAGCAGAACUGUGACUGGAGCUCAGCAGCAGCCACGAGAUUGGUCAGCAGAAAAAUUAUUUAAAAAGUAGAAAAGCAAGGACAACCAGAACAACGGUCUGUGCAUUCAUGCUUGUCUAGAAUAACUCCCUAAGCUGCAGAAAAGUUUAUCCAGCGAGACACUGGAAGUUUGAAGGUUAGUACUGGAGCUCUGUGCAUUGUGUUCAAGGCUCACAAGCAGGUAUUGUAUUUGAAAUAAGCCAGCAUUGUUUAGCCAAAGGUACCUGUGCUGACAGUGCUUGGAUGGAACCACUGUCAGUGUGCUUCUGCUUGGCGUGACUGCUCAAAAAACUUACAAAGUGAGUUGUAACACUGAGUUCUUGGUCUGCUGCCUGGGAUGUGAGCUGCUGGCAUCUUCCCGUUGCCAUAACCAUGGAAUGAGAGUGAUGCUGGAAAAUCAAACAGCUCAAGGCACGUUCCCAGCAGUCCUGUCCCGCUGGUGAUUUGUGCACAGCCCCCGGCCGGCGAGAAAGAAAGCAAAGAUAAAAGGGAGAUAAACUGCUGGAGGGUGCCUGGAAGGUGUUUUGGGACAGGGGCCCAGCUGAAAGAGUUCAUCCCAACCCAGCAAGGAGGCAACUCAGGAAAAGUCACCCAAGGAAGCUUCCCCUGUGGAGAAGGAGCAGAGUGCAUCCUGUAAGAAAUGGGGGCACUGGAACAAGGACUGUCCAGUGCUGAAAGAAAAAUCAUCAGUCCCCAGCUGCCAGCAGAACAAACCUCAAGCAGCUCAGGCUCUGAGUGAUGGGGGCCAAGGGCUGUUGUGGUAUUAAUUAGCAUUGACUCCAUGACUGCAGGAGGCUGAUCAAUCACCUUAUCCUACCAUGCUGUAUUGUUCUAUACUAAUUAAUAAACUCACCCCCUCACAGACAGUCCAAUACAGACAGAUCCAAUUGGUCAACCAAUCCAAACUCCAUCACCAAUUAAGAUAAUGGCCAAUUAAGAAAACACCCUUUGGUAAACCAAUCUGCAUAACACAUUGCACAUGUGCACAACAACAGGUGCAGCAAGGAAGCAGAUAAGAACGAUAAGUGAGGAGAUAAGAAUUGUUUCUCAUUCUUUUCUCUGACCCCUGAUCCCCCAAUCCCUCAGGACCCCCAAUUCUGCCUCACAACCACCCAAACCCCCUCAUGACCUCUAGUUUCCCCUCAUGACUCCCUCAAUUCCCUCAGGACCCUCCAAAAUCCCCCAAAUCCCCUCAGGAUUCCCCAAAUCCCCUGAAAACCCCUCACAUCCCCUCAGGACCCCCCAAACCCCCUCAGGAUCCUCCAAAAACCCACAAAUCCCUUCAGGAUUCCCCAUAUCCCUCCAAAACCCCUCACAUACCCUCAAGACCCCCAAAUCCCCUCACAUCCCCUCAGCCCCCUCACAUCCCCUCACAGCCCCCCCAAUUCUCACUCACGACACCCCCAAAGUCCCUCCAGACGCUCCAAACGCCCUCAGAUGGCUCCAAAUCCCCUCAGGACCCUCCACAUUCCCUCACGAUCCCCCCAGACCCCCUCAAGACCCCAGGUUCUCCCUCACAACCCCCCUGAUCCGCUCAGGACCCAAUUCUCCCUCAGGACCCCCAAAGCCCCUCAGGACCUCCAAAAUCCCCUCAGGACCCCUCACGAACCUCCAGUCCCCUCAGGUCCCCACAAAUCCCCUCAGAACCCCGCAGAACGCCUCAGGACCCCCCAGACCCCCCCAGUUCCCUCUCACGAACCCCCAAGGCCCCUCAAAUCCCCAAUUCUCCCUCAGGACCCUCCAAUUCCCCUCAGAUCGCCACAAAUACACCCAGUUCUCCCUCACGACGCCCCAAAAGCCCCUCAGGACCCCCCAAACCCCCUCAGGAUCCCCCAAAUUCCCUCACAUCCCCUCAGCCCCGUCACAUCCCCUCACCAACACCCAGUCCCAUCCUAAUCGCCCCCCCCGCUCCUGGUGCUGACCGCGGUCGCUGUCGCCCAUCCCGCGCUGCCGGGGGGGUCCCGGGGCUCCCUCGGCGACCCCAAAUUCCCGCCCCGCCCCUCCUCCGGGGCUUCGGCCCCGCUCCGCCGCCGCUGGGCCCGACCGGGACCACAAUGCCCACAAUGCACCGCGAGGUCGUUUCCCGUGACGUCACAUUGCCCCGCCGGUUCCGGCGCUGUCCUGAGGCGGCUCCAGCAUUCCCGUUCCAGCCGCUGCCGGGGCCUGUUCUGGGCCGGGAUCGGCGCUUGUCCUGGGACUCGUUCGCCAGAGAACGAGCGUCCUAAAGAGGUGUCCCCAGAGACGAUGGAGCCCCGAGAGUCCUUCCCAGCCCUGCUGCAGCCACAGGUCACCGUGGUGGCCACCCUGGGCGAGCUGCUGGCCACCCUGCCCAGGCUGGACGAGGAGAUGCUGCUGCCCGUGUCCACACUGCGCCUGCACUGGGACCUGGAGGAAUUCACCAGGGAGCUCCGGGGCACCCUGUACAGCAUUGAUGAGACCUCGUGGCACCACAAUAUCACCUCCGAUGGUGAUGACCCUCCCACCUCCCUGAGCCAGGCCCUGGCUGCCUACGAGUACACCCGAUGGGCAAUCAUGGACAAUGUGACACUGGCAGCAAUCAUGUGUCAGGGGUCGGUGUUUGUGCUUGUGGACAGGUGGGCUGAGCUGGCCAAGAAGGCCACCAAGCUCCACAGCACCUGCAGGAGAGCGGCCACUGGGGCUGCCAACAUGGUGGUCACUGCCUGGGCCAGGGAGCUGCAGGUCAAGGCUGCCCAUAUGGGGGAACAGGCCAGGAUGGCUGCCAGCCAGGCAAGAAGGGCCACCAUGGUGAGACAGCGGGUGGAGGAGGCCCUGGGGCUGCUGGAGCGCUUGGUGGCCGCGUGUGACGAAGCCACCGCCUUCCCCCGGGAGCUGCAGCGCCUGCUCAGGGAUGUUGAGGCCGCCCUGAAGGGGACAAAUAAGGCAUCCCCCAAAGUCCCCGAUGCCUUGGUGGCCAAGGUAGCUGACUCCGAGUGUCUGUGGGUGGCCAAUGCCCACCUGGCCAGGGAUCACCUGGUGGGGGCAGUUGAUGACAUCAUCAGGUUCUAUUUCACUGGUGAUCCUGCCAGCCCCAGUGCCUGUGAGGUGGCUGCACGGUGCCAAAGAGCCACAGAGGACAUCCCAAGGCUCCUUCAACCCCUGGAGUGUCCCCAGAGCGUCCCCAAGGUGUCCCCAGUGAGCAUGGAGCCCCAAGAGCUGCGACCUGGUAGGCCACAGGUCACCGUGGUGGCCAUCCUGGGCCAGCUGCGGGUCACCCUGCACAGUCAGCACAGGAAGAUGCUGGUGCUCAAGUCCCCAAAGGACCUGGACUGGUACCUGGAGGACUUCACCGAGGAGCUCCAGUACAGCCUGUACUGCACUGAUGACCCCUGGUGGCACCGCAGUGGCACCUUCGAUGAUGAUGACCUUCUCACCUCCCUGAGCCAGGCCCUGGCUGCCUACAAGAGCACCCCAGGGACCACCUGGAGCGUGUGGGCCGAGCUGGCCAAUAAUGCCACCAGGCUCCGCAACACCUGGAGGGAGGUAGCCACCAAGGUGGCCAACAAGGCGGCCACCAUCACUGCCCGGGCCAGGAAGCUGCAGGACGAGGCUGCCCGUUAUGGGAUGGCUCAGGAAAACAUGGUGGAGCUGGGUCAGGCCCUGGGCGGGGAGGAGGGGGCCGAGGGGGUGGCCAGGCGUGAAGCCCAGGUGAGGAGAGAUGCCAGGGUGGCUGCCAGCGAGGCAAGAAGGGCCACCAUGGAGAGACAGCGGGCAGAGGUGGCCCUGGGGCUGCUGGAGCGCUUGGUGGCCGCGUGUGACGAAGCCGCCGCAUUCCCCCGGGAGCUGCAGCGCAGGGUUAGGGACAUCAAGGCCACCCUGAAGGGGACAAAUGAGGCUUCCCCCGAUGUCCCCAAGCACUUGGUGGCCAAGGUGGCCGAGGCCGAGUGGCUGCGGGAGGCCAACGCCCGCCUGGUCAAGGAUCACCUGGUGGGGACACUUGAUGACAUCAUCACUUGCUAUUCCCCGCAGACCCUGUGA